GAACUUAGAGAUCUUUCUUAAACUUUUCCAAAAGGUUGAAGAAGGAAUAAUCCCAGACUCACAGACUUUAAAAAAUUUAUGGUUACCAAAAGGGACAGUUUUCGGGGUGAGGACAGUAGAUGGACUGGGAGUUUGGGAUUGGCAUAUGCCCACUGAGGUAUACGGAAUGAAGUCUGGCCAAAGGGGACUUGCUGUAUAGCACAGAGAACUCCACCCAAUGUUCUGUGAUAAUCUAUGCAGUAAAAGAAUCUAAAAGAGAAUGUAUGUACAUAUAUGUGUAAGUGGAUCACUUUGUUGUACAGCAUAAAUUAUCAUAAAAUUGUAAAUCCCCCUAUUGGUUGCUCUGAAAAGACAUCUUCGCAUUGUUCCCGUGUCUGGCUCUCUAUUGGCUCUCUCUAAGGUCUGGCUCUCUCUAAGGUCUCCUCUGCCACCUUGGACUCUGGCAGCUUUAUUGUCAGAGUCCUUGGACUCCUGCUCCUUUUCAAUCUGCUGCAUUGUAUCACCAGCAUGCCCCAUCAUGUCAGAUGCAGCCAUGGACACCAGCUCCGAGAUCACCACCAAGGACUUAAAAAAGGAGGAUGUUGCAGAUGAGGUGGAGAAUGAGAGAGAGGCACAUGCUAAUGGGAAUGCUAAUGAGGAAAAUGGUGAGCAGGAGGCUGACAAUGAGGUAGAGGAAUAAGGUGGGGAGGAAGAGGAGGAGGAGGAAGGUGAUGGUGAAGAAGAGGAUGGAGAUAAGGAUGAGGAGGCUGAGGCAGCUACAGACAAACGGGCAGCUGAAGAUGAUGAGGAUGACAAUGUUGACACCAAAAAGCAAAAGACUGAUGAGGAUGACCAGAUAGCAAAAAAGGAAAAGCUAAAAAAAAAAAAAAAAAAAAAAAAAAAGCCACUGCGACCCAUUCACCCUCCACUUCCCAUCUCAGAAGAAUCCUAA